AUGAAACGAGGCGCAGAGAAACAGCUGACAAAGGACGUCGAAGACAUUGACGACGAUGAGGUGGUCGAGUCCGGACAGGGCCUUAAGAAAGCAGACGAUAAUAUGCUCGCGAACAGAAAAAUCAGGGGGCUACCCAAGCGGGCGACUGCUGGCCUGGCGUCCGGAUCCGCACCUACACUCGCUGCUGUGCCAUCUAAAUUUGCUGGUUUUGCUGGUUUUGGCACCGCAGCUACCGGCACGUCAUCUUACUCCUUCACCGCUCUGUCAAAACCUGCUGAAUCUCCUGCUCCAGCGGGCGAUUCAUUCAUGUUCAACUCUUCAACAAGUUCCAACACGCCUCCUGUAACGUCAACGUCAACAGCAGUACCGGUCAUGUCAUCUACGGCGAGUAGCGCAGCGAAGACAUUUGCCUCCUUCCUCGGGAGUGCCGCCGAUUCGAGGGCCACCGGACCCAGAUCCACCAAUGGCGUCCACGGGCAGAACGGCGCAGCGCCGGAUGAUGAUAAACUCAAGGCGGAGACCAAGUACUACCGUUCUCUUCGCGGUCUUAAUGUGUCAUUCGUGGAUGCAAUUACCAAGGCUGUGGAUUCGGAUCCGUUCCUCGAUCUUGCAACCGUGCAAGAGCAAUACAAAUCCCUGCGGUCGAAAGUCAGAGAGGAGUACGAGCAAGAUGUCAAGAAAGUUUCUCCAUCGACGACAUCGGCCGCAGCAUCACCAAGCACCACGUCGGCCUUGACAUUCGGAACCAAGGCCGCGCCAACGGCGCCGACGCCCCCAGCUGCAUCGAGCAGUCCAUUCAGCUUUGGGGCGAAACUGGCUGCGCCCUCGAGUUCAGAGGACCAAUCUUCACCUGCCAUGCCUGCCCCACCAACAAGUUUCGCUGGGUUCACUCCCCCAGCGGCUUCCUCUUCCACCGCAUACAUGGCCGGAGGCUUCAAACCUAGCAUAGAUCUAACCAAGACAUCUUCCUUUACCUUUGGCUCGACUUCCGCCAUUGGAAACAACUCCGUGGCUGCGACACCCAAGCCCGCCUUCACGUUCGGCGCGCCUUCAUCAUCAUCUUCCACCUUCACCUCCUUCUCGUCUAACAAGCCGACCGGUGCUUCGUCCGCUGCUCCUCCAUCUAUCUUCUCUAGCAACCUUUUUACCACGUCGACAGCCGACAGCUCGAAGGAGAUGGAAGCGGAGAAACCUUCCACGUCGAGCAGCGUCUUCGGUGCUGGCCUGGCAUUCGGUUCGGACAAGGACAAACCGUCACUGACAUCGACUCCUACGAAGAGUAGCUUUAGCUUUGGUACUCCGCCGUCCACGUCCAAGUCCCUGCCGUUCACCUUUGGCACGGCAGGCAGCAUAGGCAACCCUGUCGGCUUCGGCUUCGGGAGCCCACCCAAGACGCCUGAAACAGAGCCCAAGCCCGCCACGUCGACUUCUAAGUUCGCGGGCUUUUCGUUUGGUGCGCUGCCCCCCGCACCGGCUAAGUCGGCUGAGACGUCGGAAGCGGGCGAGGGUACUGACUCGUCGAGAGCGGAAACCCCUGCAGAGGAGACCCCGCCUUUGCUCGUUCAGACGUCUGUGCACGAUCUGGCAGGCGAGGGCGAAGAAGAUGAGGAGACGAAGUACGAAGUGCGGACGAAGGUUUACCGUAUGAUCAAGAAGAAUAGUGGGCAGUCUGAAUGGACCGACGUCGGCAUCGGUAUGCUGAGAGUCAAUGCCCACAAGGAGACUGGUCAACGCCGUCUACUGCUCCGAAAUAGCAGUACGGGCAAGAUUACUAUCAACUUCAACGUCUACAAAGGCAUGAACCCGACGGUUGCCAAGAACGUUGUAUCAUUCAUCGGCCACGACGACGAGAAAUCGGUGCCAUUCAAGCUUCGAGUCAAGACCAAUGAGCAGGCUGACGACCUGAAGAAGGCUCUCGACCGGGAGAUUGAGUUCGUCAAGGCGAAGGCGUCCGAGUAA